AUGGCUAGGAAGGGCAAUCAGCAGAAGAAUGGGGUUAGUCGUUCCUCACAGAAUGGCAAAAAGAAGGGUUCAGAAACACAUCAAGAAAGAAGACAAGCUACUGACGUGAAGAUUCCUCCUAAAGAGACAACUGUGAACAGUCAUCACUCGAGCAACGUGUCGGCUGAGAGCAUGAGUCAAGGAACUGGGAAACUAAUGAGUAUGGAUAAACAAGGGACAGAUGCUGCUCAGGGAUUAGAGCACCCAGUUCUGUCUGGGGAAUCUUCAGGGGAUUAUAUUCAAAAUGCAUCUCCUAUGGGCAUGUCCCACGAGAGAGAACAAGGUGGACUACAUUGUGAUAAUAAUUGUCAAAAUAGCCGAAAAGGUGGCCUGGGCUGCAAGCUGAAUGGGCAUAUAACAAAUCUAAUAGAAAAUGUCCACAUAUUUGACAAUUUAGUUGUUAGAAAUGUGAGAAGAUCAGUUUUGUGUGUCCUAAAGGCAGCUGGAGAGUGGCUAGAGUCACAAAGACCUUUUGUCAUUAAUUUAAAAGGUGACAUACUAAAGGCUCGUGACUAUGUCAAAGUGAAGAUUGAGCUGGCCUACCAGGUUGUUUUGAAAUGGCUUGUAUACUUUGGGAACAUAAUGUUUCUCUUAUCAAUGAUUUGGUGCAAUGAUGUUCUUGUGGGUAUUUUUGUGGGGUUUGCCGCUGCACUUUUGCUGCUUGGACUUUGUGGCACUGUCUUCUUGUGGUUUUAUGGAAGUUUUUGGACAACAGCUCUUGUAAUCAUCCUUGCAGGUAUAUCAUUCACAUUGAGCCAUGAACGCCUUGCACUUUUCAUAUCCUCACAAUCUAUGCCGUGUACAGUCAUUAAGAACAGCUUUGAGCAAUUCUGCAUAAGUUAUGCAAAUGAGAGGUUGCAGCAACAUUUCAACUAG